AUGUCGAUGAACAAAGAAGAGGGAUUUGAAGGGAGUUUAGAUCAGUUUUUAAGUUCAAAACACCACGACACUGUUGCUCUCAUAUACGAAGAAGGCGUCGUUUCAAACAAAACAUUUGACUACACAAAGAAGGCAACAAAAGAAGUCACCCUCCGGAUUUUAGGACACCAAAAAUUUGAAGUAAUUUUUCCGUCCAAAGUCGAGUCGUUAAAUUUUGAGAUGUGGGCAGAAAAUGUAGAAAGUCCCGUGUUUCCGUCUGUCAACUUUGCGAUAUACAAUUUGAAGGAAUUAACAUUGAGUGGUGUUAAAAUGAAGGUGCCAUUGAAUUUACAACUUCCAGAGUGUAUCAAAGAAAUCACGUUUCUCAAUACAACAAAUGUAACACUUGCAGCUUCUUCUCUAUGCUUGGACCACGUUGAAAUAUCCGAGUCUCAUAACUGUAAGAUAACUUCUGAAAAUUCGUUGUUGACUAUGGACGACAUCUCUAUGAAAAUAUUAUCAGUUCAAUCCGUCACGAUUUUUGAUGUUACGUGCAAAACAUUUGAAUUCUCAACUGUUUUUGAGGUUUCCAUUUCUUCCUCUUUUUUUGAGCAAAUUAUAGAAAGUAGUUCAUUUGAAAAAUUGUCUCUUUCAUUUUUACAACCAGAGUUGUCUUCCGAAGAGCGUGAGGAUAUCCAAAAUAGCAAAAUCCACAUCGACUUAUCAAAUCACUCAGUAAAGGCACUUUCCCUUUCAAAUUACUCUAAUUUGACAUUGGACUUGCCAAAUGACAUGGAAUCGUUGGAUGUAUCAUAUUGCAGUGAUUUACAACUUACGAGCAAAGCAUUUGACCAACAAGUUGAAGUUGAGACAGAAGGGUGUGAAGAGUGUUAUAUACUAGACACAUUACUACCAAACAACGACUCAUUCUCAUUCAAUACUAUUCACUGA